ACUUAACCGGCUGGUUCCACGGACGGACACUAUUCCCUCGAUUUUUCUCAUCAGACGCGCGUCUGGGGUUGUUGGCGGAAGAAGAUCGCACGGCAGCAUGGCAGCCAACGCGAGGAUGGAUCGGAAGAUAACGCUGUAUAUCUCCGUUUGGAUGCUGACGGUGGUGACGCUGAGGUGUCAGGCGACCGCCAAUCACGAGAACGCGGAAGUGGACGGCAACUCUGAGGAUUCUGUUAUCGACGAUACCACCGAGGAUUAUUGGGCGGGCAGUGGAUCAGGCCCCGACGAGGAUGAAUCCCUUCAUAACGAAACCAGAGAAGCGUUGACUCACGAGGCCAGCGACCACGAUGCUGUCGUGUAUGUCGGCGACGGCGGCGCUUACGUGCCGGUGCCGUCGUUGAAGAACCGGCCCUUGAGCCCGAAUCUCCAGGCUCUCCAGACUCUGCAGGGUUUGCAAGGGCUCGCCACGGGCGGCGGCACGGGAGUAGCCGGCGACGAGGACUGGAGGAGGCACCCGGAGACCUGGGACCGUGAGCACCGCAGAUACCGGCCCAACACCACGAGGGUGCAACAUAUCGAGGCAGAGUGCCAAGAUGACUACAUGAAAAUCAGAAUUGGAUUCAACGGAUCUUUUACGGGCCUCUUGUACUCGGCAGGCUAUUCGUACGAUCCUGACUGCAUGUACGUGAACGGGACGGGCCGCGACUACUACGAGUUCUACAUUCAGCUGAAUCGAUGCGGCACCCUCGGCGAGAAUACCCAUCACCAGGACAGUAGGAAGAAUCCGACGAAGAACCUCAUGUGGAACACGGUCACGGUGCAGUACAAUCCGCUGAUCGAGGAGGAGUUCGACGAGCACUUCAAGGUGACGUGCGAGUACGGCUACGACUUUUGGAAGACGGUGACGUUUCCCUUUCUCGACGUCGAGGUCGCCACGGGAAAUCCCGUAGUCUUCACCCUACAGCCUCCGGAGUGCUACAUGGAAAUCAGAUACGGUUACGGGACCACUGGAACUAGAGUGGCCGGACCAGUUCGCGUCGGCGAUCCUCUGACUCUCAUUAUCUACAUGCGCAGCAAAUACGACGGCUUCGACAUCGUCGUGAACGACUGCUACGCGCACAACGGCGGCAACAAGAGGAUCCAGCUGAUCGAUCAAUAUGGAUGUCCGGUCGACGACAAACUGAUCAGCCGGUUUCGCGGCUCCUGGUCGGAGAGCGGCCUCUUCGAGACGCAGGUGUUCGCCUACAUGAAAACCUUCAGGUUCACGGGUUCGCCGGCUCUGUACAUCGAGUGCGACGUUCGCAUGUGCCACGGAAGAUGUCCGAGCCAACCCUGCCACUGGAGAAACGCGAAGAACGUGGCGAAGCGAUCGGUGCCGGAAAUGAUCGGCGGACCGUCGACGCCGGCAACCAGUUUGUCGGAGAACGUGAAUCUCUUCCAGUCUCUGCGCGUUCUUCAGGAAGGCGAGGCGGACACGGAACUGUUCCAGAAUUCCACCAGCGCCUCGCGCGCCGGACUCAGCGAACCCACGACCGACCGAGUGUGCUUGAGAUCAUCCGUCGCCAGUACGAUAGUGGGCCUUGGCUGCGGCUUCUUCUGCAUCAUGGCCGGCACGAUACUGGCCAUGUGUUCGCGAAUGCGGCGGCAGGCGCGCGAAAAGUUGCUGUCGGACAGCAUAAGUUACAUGACGCACAAGGGUCGGAUUAAUUAGGUUGCGAAAGCCUCGUCUCUCUCUUUCUUUCUUUCUUCCUCCAGCUAUCUCUCUCCCUCUAACCCAUCUCUUUCUCUUUCCGCCAUCCUCUUCGCAACCUUCUCUCUUUUCCACGGAUGACCAACUCCGCGGAUAACACACGGGAACGUUGCGUCGUUAAGACAGAAGGAGAUUCUCCCGACUGUUGUCAGGCCGUCAUAUCAGUGGCUGAUAAAGACGCGACGAAUUUUGCACGUGACUUCGCGCAACAAGAUAAUUACCGUCGGGAUCGACGGCCGCGAUUCACGCGAAUAAUAUGCAAGGUGCCUUAAUACGUUCCGACUUAGGAUGGUAAUUCUGGCUCGCGCGGAUAAUGCAAUAAGCGGAUUCCCCCUCUCUCUCUCUCAUCUCGUCCCGCGCGCGCCAAUGCUUUUUUAUAUUAUAAAUGAUAUUCGCUCUGCUAUAUACACUCUUUCUCGCUUCUCCAACUCGCUGGAACGUCGAUCGACACAGCCAUUCGUUAAUAACGAUGGGUGCAUGUUACGACGGGUGCGUCUUCUUCGUAGCGACUUAUCGCUCAUCGAUAGGUAGAGGUAGAAAUCGCCGAUAUUGCCACGAUCUCGCUGCCGAUUGCGCGACCGGCGAAAUAAGCCCGCGAAAGCCGAGUUUUUCGUCGCGUCGACCAUUCGUUCGCGACACUGUGUGUGUGUGUGUGUGUGUGUGUGUGUGUGUGUGUGUGCGCGCGUGUGCGCGUGUGUGUAUAAUGAGCGGUGCAAAAGAUCGCGACACUCUUUGCGAUUGAAGUUCAUCGAAUUGAAGAGUGUCUCUGGCGACUCGCUUACCGACGACUAUGCGCUGACGCGCGGUCGACGCGGUACUCCUCUUUCUCCUCCUUUCUCUGAUAUCGCUUAUUUCGGUCUCGCAAACGGCACAUCCGGGGAUCAAAACGAGCGUAAACGUCAGGGAGGGCGCUUAAUCGCCGCUGACGAGAUUCAAUACUUAUAUCUGUAUCUCUCUACGACAUUACUCGCCACGUUCAGGAACGUGGAAGUAAAAUUGCGUAUCUCGCGCGUCAACGGUCUGAUUGUCCGACAAUACUUGAUGCAAUCGGGAUAAAGACAUGGCUAAUUUGUCAGUUAGGGUUGGGCAGAACGAGCGAAACUCUCAGAUCAAGGUUUGCGAUUCGCGAACGCACGAAAUCCCAAAGGAAUCUAUGAGACAGAUUCUCUUCUCUUGAGUGAUCAUAUUCGCAAUGAACUUGCCCGAAAUCCAAUGAGACCGAAGUCCCUUCAGGCUCGCGAUCGAAAAUUUAUUUAGCGAUCUUAGUGAGGAAGAAUGAAAAUUACAUCGUCCGGUGAAUUAACGGCCCGCGUCACCGUUCCUGAAUGUUCGCGCGAAUGAUGUGUUAAGGUUUAAUCGAAUAUCAUUAUAUAACACAAACGGAUAUACAUAGGUUUAUACUUAUACAUAUAUAUAUAACAUAUGAUAUAUGUAGCGUCGAAAUAACGAGCCCUAAUCCAAGGAGAGGAAAAAAAAACAGAAGAGUGACAAGAGAAUCACACGAGAUCACCGCAUCGGGCGCGUACGGCCAGCGAGGAUUAAAUAAUAUUUUACGAGACCACCCUGUGUAUAUGAGUGGGGCGAGCCAAAGAGUCGUAGCUCAGUUUGUACUCGUCGUAAUAUUUAUUCGAGAUCUCGCCGACCUCGCGCGCGAUCUUUCGCCACCAUUGUGAAAUAUUAAUUUCCCCUCCUGGUUGUUCCCCUGCAAACACACACACACACACACACACACACACACACACACACACACACACACACAUACAAACACAUACACGUACACAUACAUGUUCAUAUAAUUUAAUAUCAAAGCAACUUCGUCUUUACAUCGAUCCCGACCCCCCGUGCCUUUCCCUUCCGUCCCUCUUGAGUGACAAGCCAAGUGUCCGAAUUCACAGUUGCUCGAUUAAUUAUGUGUAAAUAUAGUGUUGUAACAUGACGCAUGAUAUUUAUGACUAAGCUCGAGUGUAUCAAGGUUUCCAAUAAAUAAUAGAAGAAGA